GAUGCUGUGAUGGGCACUUUGACGGUGAGAGAAAACUUAGAGUUCUCAGCAGCUCUUCGACUUCCAACUGUGACGGAUCAUGAAAGAAAGGAACGGAUUAACAAGGUCAUUCAAGAGUUAGGUCUGAGUACAGUGGCUGAUUCCAAGGUUAGCUCUAGUGGAGAAAGAAAAAGGACCAGUAUAGCAAUGGAGCUAAUCACGGAUCCUUCCAUCCUGUUCCUGGAUGAGCCCACAACUGGUUUAGAUUCAAGCAUAGCAAGUGCUAUCAUUUUGUUCUUGAAAAGGAUGUCUCAGCAGGGACGAACAAUCAUCUUCACCAUUCAUCAGCCUCGGUAUUUCAUCUUCAAGCUGUUCGACAGCCUCACCUUAUUGGCCUCAGGAAAACUAAUGUUCCACGGUCCUGCACAGGAGGCCUUGGGGUACUUUGAAUCAGCAGGUUACCAGUGUGAGCCCUACAACAACCCUGCAUACUUCUUUCUGGACAACAUUAAGAGAGACUCCUCUACUGUAGUAUUAAAUAGAAAGGAAGACGACUGUGAAGCCAACAGGGCUGAACAGUUUUCCAAGACAGAGGAGUCGGUCAUAGGCACCUUAGCUGAGUUUUAUGCCAACUCCUCCUUCUACAGAGACACAGAAGCUAGAUUACAGGAGCUCUCAGAUGGUCAGAAGAGGAGCUUCGCCUUUGAGGAGGUCGCUGAUGUCACCUCCUUCUGCCAUCAAUUCAGAUGGAAUCUCUGGCGUGCAUUCAACUCUCUCGGUUUUCCCUUCAUCACUCUUCUUCAGCUGUUUGCCACAGUCAUUCUGGGACUGAUUGUAGGUGCCACCUUUCUUGUGCUAAAAAAUGAUUGUACUGAAAUCCAGAAUAGAGCCUGGGCACUGUAUGUGCUGAUUGCCUUCCAGUGUUUCAGCAGUGUGACAGCUGGGGAGAUCUUUGAGCUCCAGAAGAAACUGUUUAAACACGAGUACGUCAGUGGAUACUACAGAGUGUUGCCUUAUUUCUUUGGAGAACUCUUAUCUGAAUUACUACCCAGGAGGUUUUUGCCAAGUGUCCUAUUUAAUUUUAUACUAUACUUCAUGUUAAGGUUGAAACUAGAUGUGGAGGCUUUCUUCAUGCUGAUGUUUAUUGUCUUACUGGUGGCUUAUGCCACCAGUUCCAUGGCCCUGGUGCUGGGAGCAGGGGAGAAGGCAAUGGACAUGAAGACAUUUCUUGUGAACCUCUAUUUUGUGUUUAUGAUGGUUUUCUUGGGUAUGUCACUGAAUUUUGGAACCACAAUACCGUGGCUCUCAUGGUUUGAGUACUUCAGUAUUCCUCAUUAUGGCUACAUGGCUUUGCAGCAUAAUGAAUUUUUGGGACGAAACUUCUGUCCAGGACUCAGUACAACAGAAAGCAGUGGCUGUACCAGCUAUGUGAUAUGUACCGGUGAAGAAUUCUUGACCAUCCAGGGCAUUGAUCUCUCGCCUUGGGGCUUGUGGAAGAAUCUCCUGAGUCUGACUUGUAUGAUUCUUGUGUUCCUCACAGUUACCUAUCUAAAACUGGUAUUUCUCAAAAAAUAUUCUUAAAUUCUCCUUUAAUUUACCAUGAAUUACCCUCACAUUCAAAAGGAGCACCUGGAUUUAUUUUAAGUAUCCGAUGAAGACAUUUUGUGGUCUUGGGUUCAGCUGCCAUCACACUGUUGUAUAGUAACAAUUAUUAUCAAUAGAAACAUUCAGAAAAAUCACAACAAACUGUAUUAUACAUGAAAGAACCCAAGCUAAACACUAACAAGAUUAUGCAUUACAUAUUAGUUCAUCUCUACAGACAGUAACCAAGAAGGAAAAAAAAAUAUUUUAUUGACCUAAAAUGGAAUUCUAGAAAUGCUUGUCAAGUGAAUAAUAUCUCUAGUAUCAGUAUUCUCAUCUUCAAAAUGAAUAAGCCAGUUGAUAGUCCUCCAGUUUUAAUUGUCUGUGAAUCUCUGAUCUGCCAUUGUUGAAUAAGUAAUACAUAUAUGAAAGCUUUAUGAAAUAACUAAAUCUAAAAUAUGUUAGAAAAAUCAGUAUUAUUUCUAGGAUAAGAAAAGUCAUGAUGACUGAAAAACAUGUCUUUGAUAAGCUUUUUGAGGUUGGUGGAAUUCACUGAUACUUUCCUUGUGGAAUUGUAAGAGCUCAGGAGUCUUGGCUGGGGGCUUAGGGCUACAGGAGCAGUAGAGAGCCAGGGGUCUGGAGACAUGGUUUUUGUGCCAUUUCUGGAACAUUCUGCCCUGAAGUCACU